AUGCUUUCUAAAUCUCUUUCUUUCAAAGGAUCAAAUGAUAGUCCUAACCUUAAGAAUUACGACGAGCAAUCAACUGGAGGAAUGUUUGUUCCUUAUCUUAAGAAUUAUGACGAGCAAGCAACUGGAGGUACGUACGUGUGACUAAAUAAUUUAUUACAGUUGUCAUGAAUGGUAAACAUUUUUGAAAAUUUGCACUUGACGAAAAUCCAACUUACUUUUUGAAGUUUUUUAUUAAUCUUUCAUUCUAAUCAAAAGUUCUGAUGGAAAAGCUUGUAGUAAUCCGGGUAAUCGAAUUUGCCUCAACUUGCAUGUCAUUUAGUUUGAGUUCUAUCACUCAACAACUGUGUUAGAUGAGGUAGCUAUAGGGGUUCAAGCCCUUUGUGAUUCUCGGGAACUAUAUUCCAGAACUUGUACAAUCUUGGCAAGCAAAACAACCAAUAAUGCACCACAGCUUCAAUCAGGGGCGGAUCUAGGAUUUUUGGUACGUUAGUCAAAAAUUUCGCUGCUGAACAUCGAGCGAGGGGAUUCUUUUACCGGUGGGGGUCGCAAAGCGAAUUGAUUUGUAUCCUGUUUUACGAAAAAAUGUUACGUGAAAAAUUACUGUUUCGCCCAAUGUCAGGGCUCGUCAGCAUGCCUAGGAAACACAUAACUCCAUAUUUUGUCCUUAAUUUACAUGAAUGGUCAAAAGAUUUUCAAAAUUAUAUAGCGAUGCGGUUUUGAAAAGCAUUUGAUUGAUUGUUUAUUCGCAGGAAGAAAAUUUCCGCGUUUAAUUCACUGCUUUCCGAGUUUUAAUAUUCAUAGCAGAAACAAAUGCCAUGAAUAUUCACAAUGGCAACAUGAUCCAUUCUACUUAAUUACUUGUUGUGUACAUAAUGUAGAGAUCGUAUUACACAAAGCCAUGCCACAUUGUCAUGUGCUUGUAGUUUUAAUAUACUAGACAACUAGGUAUAAAUAAUACAGUAUUAUUGAGUAUCUGAUCAAUAUAUAAAGCCUACGUUCCACAAGAGGCAUAGACAAAGUAUAAACAAACUGAAACUGCUUGUAUUAAGCCGCAGUAUUAAGCCGCAGUAUUAUGUAAAUUGACCGAAAUAUUAUGUAAAUUUCGUCUCUUAUUACGUACAGACGCGCAAUCCACUACAGCCUACAACAGCUAUAAUGCUAUACUUCAAAAUAAGGUUUCCGUUUUUAUAUCAAUUUUUUAAAUAAGUUAGGGUUAGGUUAGGGUUAUGGUUAGGUUAGGGUUGGGGUUAGGGUUAAGUUUAGUAUUAUCGUUAGGGUUUAUUUUUGCGUUAGGAUGGUUUUUUCUACGUUAUAAAAACGGAAAUCUUAUUUUGAAGUAUACUAUCUAGCGAUUACCAUAAUAUGCUAUAUCUAGUUAAAAUAGAAUAUAUUUACCUUAAGGCCGUACAAAACUUUUUUGUUUUCUCUCGAACGUACAUCGGGAUGUAAGAUUCCGCAGCAAAAUUUCGCGGUGCGAGGAAGAAGCUUGUUAUGUUCACAGCGCUCAAUAAGUCUUCAAUAGAACGUUUCGGUUACAUGUCUUUAAGAUAUUGUUAAUUAAAAUAUUGUCGAUCGUCUUUCUCUAAAGCAGCCUUUGCGGUUUCGUGGUUAGAACUUCUGAUAAAUUUUCCGAUUGCCAUAAAACGCACAUGCUAUAAAAUCGGCGGGUACGCCGUACGCAGUAUAAUAAUAAGAGACAAAAUUUACAUAAUAUUUCAGUCAAUUUACAUAAAUACAUAGACCUUUCCGUGCAUACUAUUAGCCUGAACGGUAUGAUCGAUCAAAAAUAUCCAGCCAACGGGAAUUCAGGAUUUUUUUGAAUUAGCCAAUCGCAUAGCUUGUAUUCGAGCCCCUGAUCGCUUUAGCGAUCAGAACUCCCCACAGAUCGCGCAAAAAUUGAGAUAGCGAAUCAGAUGGCUGGAAUCUGACUCAGAGCGUGCAAAACUCAUGCGUAAGAUCGCUUUUCUGCGCGUUCAUGUUCGAAGGCGUUGCUACUGCAUGGAUGAUAUCUUAGAACUGGACUGUUAAACUUUAGAUAAAUGCACUGCGCGAAAUUUGAUAACUGGACUGCUAUUUUAAUUUAACAAUUUUCUGGCUAAUUUUUACCUUAGUCGCGUGAUCGCUCUGAUCACCCCUAGAUCCACCCCUGGCUUCAAUCAUUAAUAAUUUUCUUUCUCUUAAUUUACAGGACUAUUCACAGCUGAUCAAAAACUGAAGGGUAAGACAAGUAUUUAUACUCGCCAAAAUCCAAAUGGUGGUCGUAGUGGUUAUGAAUGUAACGAGGAACGAGAUUACUAUCCUUACUGGCAUCCUACUGACUGGAUUGAUAUAGCGGUGUUUGCUUAUAAUGAAAGCAUGUGUCAAUAUUAUCGGAAAGAAAGUUUCAAUGUCAAAAAUAAAG